GGGGGCUCGUACAGGGCAAUCAAGGAGGCACAGCCCCCCGCACCCACAUAUAGGAUCAGUAUCCCCCUCUAGUUUAGGCAGGGCUGUGAGUCCUUGAUUGCCCUGUACGAGACUCCUUGCCUGAGCGCCCUGCAAGCCACGAGAGCGCGCAUUCACCGCGGUGUAACCAUCCACAGAGAGAGGCGGUGCCAACCGAAAAGGAAAACAGCAUCCAGCUUCGACCGCGCUUCUGCAAACUGCAAAGGCCCGUUCUACAAUGGCGCAGACGGACCGCGAGGCACUGGUUGCCCUGUAUAACGCGACCGGUGGGCGCACCUGGAAGCAAGAUGGAAACUGGAACACGGAUGCCGACCUCUCGCAAUGGCACGGAAUCAAAACCAACGACCAGGGCCGUGUUGUGGCGCUAAGUCUGAACUCCAACUACCUCCAAGGCCCCAUCCCGCCGGAGCUCGGGAACCUCGCAGCGCUGCAGCACCUCAACCUUGGUGCAAGGGUGCUCAGCUGGAUGGUUUGCUUACUUUGUUUCGCAAGCUGGAGCGAAACCUGUCACUUGAGGGCAACCCUUGGAAAGAGCCUCCGGAAGCAGUGGUGAAGACGGGCAUGGCGGCAGCAUCGGCGUACUUCGCCGACCUGUUCGAAGAAGGCGUCAGUGUUCGUCGGAACAUGAUCAAGGUCGUGCUUGUAGGACAAGAAGGCGCCGGAAAAACCAGGUCCGCCUAUUCGCAAGCGCUGUANUACCUCGGCAACAACGAGCUAGAUGGCCCCAUCCCAUCGGAGUUGGGGAACCUUUCCGCACUGAAGGAGGUCUCCCUUCGGUCCAACCAGCUGAGCGGCCACAUCCCGCCGCAGCUAGGAGAUCUUGGCGCCCUCGAGGCCCUCAACCUCGCCUUCAACGAGCUAGAUGGCCACAUCCCGCCGCAGCUAGGAGAUCUUGGCGCCCUCGAGGCCCUCAACCUCGCCUUCAACGAGCUAGAUGGCCACAUCCCGCCGCAGCUAGGAGAUCUUGGCGCCCUCGAGGCCCUCAACCUCGCCUUCAACGAGCUAGAUGGCCACAUCCCGCCGCAGCUAGGAGAUCUUGGCGCCCUCGAGGCCCUCAACCUCGCCUUCAACGAGCUAGAUGGCUCCAUCCCGAAGGAGCUGGGAGAUCUCCGAGAGCUGCGGGCGCUGGUGCUCGACCACAACCGGCUCACAGGCCCCAUCCCGCCGGAGCUAGGGAACCUCGCAGCGCUGCAAUACCUCUACCUUGAAGAAAACAAGCUAAGCGCGUUCUGGGACCACAGCAGCGACGUUGCACGUGACGAGGAGCUACAGCAAGGGUGCUCAGCCGGCGGAUCCAUACCGAAACAGCUGGAUGGUUUGCUUACUUUGUUUCGCAAGCUGGAGCGAAACCUGUCACUUGAGGGCAACCCUUGGAAAGAGCCUCCGGAAGCAGUGGUGAAGACGGGCAUGGCGGCAGCAUCGGCGUACUUCGCCGACCUGUUCGAAGAAGGCGUCAGUGUUCGUCGGAACAUGAUCAAGGUCGUGCUUGUAGGACAAGAAGGCGCCGGAAAAACCAGCUUACGCCAGAGCAUACGGAGUCGUAAACCGACUCCUACCAGUGGGCCUGCGGAGAGCACCGUGCAAAUCGACGUGGAGGAGAUAGAGAUGGAUGACGGCGUCUCUCUUCGCAUUUAUGAUUGCGCCGGGCAGGUUGCCUACACAGGGCUGCUGCAGAUGUUCCUCUCGCCUCGAGCUGUUACUCUUCUCGUGUGUAACACCGAGGCGUUCGGAGAGCGAGGUGGCUACCCGGCCGGCGGGAACCCGCUGAAUGAGGAUCUUUACAAACUUCAAGAGCUACGCGUGUGCAGUUGGUUACGAUCAUUGUCGUUUCGUAUUCCCGAUAGCGACGUUGUCGCUGUCGCAACCAAGUGCGACCGCGCAGCUGGGAUGGCCGUUGUGAUGGCCGAGAGGAUGGAGCUAGCUAUCCGGAAGUGGCUACGAGAAUGGUCUCGUUCUCAAAUGACCGCUGUUCGUGUGGAGGAUGGCGUGAGUCUUACCAGCUGCGUUCCUUCGGCACCACAAGAGCGCGAUGGUAUUGCUUUGGGGAAGAGGAAGAGCCCCGAGGAUUCGAUGUGGGCAUGCGACUGGCGCCAGGACACCCCCGGCGAGCCUCUUCCGAGUUUGCUGCACCGAGUCAUCUACAACAGCAAGGGCCAUAUUCGCGGAGCGGCGUUGGUUCUUCCUCGGAGCUGGAACAUCGCCCUCGUCGUGCUCGAUGCUCUGGGAAACGGCAGGCAAGGAUCCCGUAGAUUCGGUGCGCGAGAUGGACGUCGAGGCGGACGGGCGACCGGCACGCGACGAGGGGAUUGCCGCGAGAUCGACCCAGCAGCACGAUGGAAUAGAGGGUAUAACAUGGGCAGACCUAUCCGCGAAAUGGAAAGGCGUCGUUCAAGCUCUGAAGGAAGACGGAGUAACAGUCAUGAACCCCGACCACGCCUUGGAAGGGGCGCUCUCAAUCAGGCACAGUACGAGGGGUCCCUCGUUCGGCACGAGACGUACGUUUUCCUUGACGUAACGUGGCUGGCCAAGAUCCUCAAGCCGCUUCUGAACCACAGAGAAGACGAAGAUUUUUUUGGCAGCUUGUCUCUGGGCGACACGGGCAUCACGCUGGACGGGCAUAAGGACAAGGUUUCUUGGCAGAGAUUCAAGCAGACCGGUGUUCUCAAACCAGAGUUGGCGGGACUUUUGUGGCCUGGCGAUCUAUGCGACUACGUUCUUCGUACGCUUGAGUCGCUAGGGCUCGCACACCAACUCGACGACCGUUUCGCCGGGGGGCUGGUGGUCCUGCUCAGACUUGGUAAGGAACGCCCCGCAAGUGUGGGCAAGGAGCUAGACGACUUUCGCCGUGACCACGAAGCCAUUUUUAGCGUUACCUGGAAGAUCUCCAUGGGCGUGCCGCCGGGAGCAGUUGAGAAGGUGCUGACGCGGUGCUGCAGUAUCGGGGAGCUCCGGACAUUUUGGCGCUUCGGCGUGCUUGUGCAAGGCAACAUGGGCGGGGUUACCGCAGGGAAGACCUUCGCUAUGUUGGUCGAGUACUCGCACAAGGGGAGUGAGAUCGACAUUAAGGUGUACGGCAACAUCGCUACCACCGCUCCCUGGGCGGCGCUUUCUCUCGGGAUUUCGGCGGUUCGGGUGAUGUGCUCCGCAUUUCCGGGGCUGCGGUGGUGCGCCUCCCUCAAAUGCCCCGAACACAAACAAGACAUGCCCAUCAGCAACACGGCAACCCGACCCGGCGACAAGCUGUUGCUAGAGCAUGGUUGUACCCUGUGCAGCUCCGAGACAGGUGGCGUUGGCGCGGCGGCCACGGAACUGCUACAGAUGGUGGACGUACUCCAGAAUAGAGACAAGAUGUUCCGCGAGGUGCAUGGGAGGUUUGUCGACUUGCAACGGCAGUACCCCGUGCUUCGCCCAGAGAAGUCACGGGAGUUCAACUCGGAGCAGGCCCGGCGUCGAUUUGAAACAUGGUUGACCGGGAUGAGAGAAGAGGCGGCAGGUUUGCUUCGUGGCGGGGGGGAUGUUGGGGAAAGCACCAAGGCGGGAGAACGGGGUGAUAUCAGUGGUGUUUCAGACGACGUGGCGAAGCUCCCGCAGUUGGUUGGGCACCUGCAGCAUCAGCUGGAACAAAACCAGAAGGAUGUGCGAGGGUGGCUUGGAGAGGUUUUGGAGGCAAUAGUCGAUGCAGACGCUGGGGCGAUGAAGCAGCGGGAAUUCUUGGUAGCCAUGUUGAUGAAGGUGAGAAGUGAAGGGAUCGACACACCUCGACAGGCAUGCGUCCUCCCUGAAUGGAAUUUCGCCCAGUCACACGGGCUAUCCGAGCACGAGCAAACACCGGAGGUGUGGGUGAAGCGGCUUCACGAGUGGCGGGAGGACGACUUCAAACAGGGCAAAGGGGUUUUCUGGAAGAAAAAACGCCUCUUCCUGCUGUGCGCCCACACACAUCGGCUUGUCCCAUGCGGGCCCAAAGGUCAAGGCUACGACAUCCAGCAGCUCCGCACUUGGGCGCGCAAGUCGAUUAGUGCGACGGCAUUUGCUCUGCAGGUGGUGUGCUCCACGUUGGCGGCGAUGGCAGCGGCACCUCUGGCAGCGGCACCCGUGGCAACGGCCGGUGGUGUCGUUGAGGCAACUGUUUCAGAGGCUUUGGGGAGUUUGCAGUCGAAGCUGGAAGGGCUGACUCUUGAAGACGACAAGUUGAACGUAGACCACCAGACGGCUAAUCUUGAAGGGAACGCUUACGCUUCUCUGCGGGAGUUCAUCCACGGGGUGGAGGACGACGCUCGUGUUGAGAUCUUCAAGGCGACGAAGAAGGCCCACAAAGAGCGCCGUGCCCCUCCAAGUUCAUCGGAGUUCGUAUUUUUUUCGCAGAAGAUGACCCAGGUGCAGAGGCAUGACGGUGACGCCGCUGUGCAGUGGGUGCUGAAGGGGCAAGAAGAUGCGUGGCGCAAAGAAAAGAUGUCGGCCCCGAAGGCAUAGGUGUGGGGGAAGAGUAUAGAACGGAGAAUUGCGCGAAUGCAGCGGACAUGGGGUCAACCCGGGUGAUCCAUGGGAAAAAUGUCCGCCGGCGUAAAGCGAAUUUAACUCAUGGAUGCCAGUUGAUAAACAGUGUGCAAAACCCACGCUCAUGUUCCGUUCGGUUUUGCCCCCCUUUGAGCUUUAUUGCGUGUCUCUGUUUCGCGCUACAGAAGUCAUGUUCUGGGAUGGGUCUUGGGGGCGUUCGGCUUUGCAUGUUUUAAUGAGAUUUCGGUAUCUUGAAUAUUGCCACUGUUUCUUCAUGAAACCAGCCCAGUCAGAUCUCAGAACGCCGGCUAAAGCAAGCAGUAUCAUCGAUGGCAUUCCGCGAGGAUAACUUCCGGUGGUGCCUACGUGCGGAUCUUGUUUUGGCCUCGUUUUGUAAGGGGUACCCGCCGGAUCGAGCUGUCCAAAGUGAACUUAGCGCGCUUGGUCACCGGCGAACAAAGGCUGCAGUCGACUGCUUCGCCGGCUACAAUCGACGUGCCCGACCAGCAAGCAAGGCGCCGCAUCCUGUCAACUCACUCUAAGAUUCUCCGACUGAAAGAAGUGGGCUUGAAUCCAGGGGCAUUUGUCGUGCGCGGCACAUGGAUCGAUACAUGGUUAGGCCUCAGUAGCAGCUGUACCAUUUUGAACUUCAGCUUCAGCGUGCACUUUAAGACCUAGUGCGAGAAAAGGCAGCUACGACCGCCUCUAACAUGCCAAAACGCUGCGUUGACGCCAUGCUCCAGCACUCGCCCUGAAGGCACUCUGAAUCGUAGUUGCUGACCGCGACUGUUUCCUAUCCCCGUACUUCACGUACACUCUCUCCAUCGCUCUGGCUAUGAACUUGGGGAUAUAAUCGCACGCGCUCUCGUAGUCGCGCAAAAAUCCCACCUUGAUCAUGUUAAACGCUGUACCAGCUCGCAUGCAUUCUGUCAUAUAAUUUUGGAGGCACACCUUCAUCUGCCCGACGACCGUAGUCAGACGUGACGAUCCUUGUCGUCGUCGCCGACGUACUCUAUGCAGGUGUACGGCGAAAAUAAUCCUGCUUGGAUGCCAGAAGGCUCAGUGAACAUCGGGUUACGCCGGCUCUGGCUCUAGCUCAUGUAGAGUUGAUUGAAGGUUCACCAUAUCUGCUUUUUGGGGGGGCAGGGAUGCUGCGUGGUUGCUGCAAACAAAAUGAAAUUCUCACGAGCUUGAUCGCGCCAAGUCGACCACACGCUGCCCCGUUUUUUGAUAACUUGGUUGCCGCUGGGCCGCCGGUGGAUCGUAUUUGUUUCCAACAAUAACAAGAGUCACCGAAGAUAUAGAUAGCCCCCCCCUCCUUCUCUGGUGAUGGUGGGUGUGCUCAUCAGUGCCCAGACCACUGGGUGGGCCGGUGCAGGCAGAUAUUGGGACAGUUUUCUUUUAUCUUACACUACGGGUACCAAAACGAGCGCCACAGCCUCAAACUCUGACUUCUUCGGCGAGGCGGUCAUGUGUGCCAGCGCUCCCGAGCGUGAAGAAAAAAAAGUUGCCUACGAGAAGCGCCCGUGUCAUCUGAACAGGCAAAAUACCGAGGUUUUUCCCUAACUUGAAGCAGGUAGUGUUGAGGGAUAUCUUACGAAGGGCAGGGGUGGUCGACGCCAAGUUUAACAUGAGAGAAAUGGUGUGAGUGCGCGCUUUCGGACCUCUUGUGCCACAUGUGUCCGAAAUGUUGUGAGAUCGGGGGCACUAUGAAAACAAAGCUCGUACCAUAUAUAUCUUUCUCCAUACACGGCUCCCCCUCCGAGCAAAAGCACCUCCCAUCAGCAGCAUUCCGUGCGAAAGCUCAACGAGGUGCACAUACACCGAGGCGAAACCCACCGUGACAGAGGAGCUACACAAGGAGGCCGGUAGCGUGGAAGCAACAAGAACCGUCAGGGUCCAGCUGCACCCCGAGUACUGCCAAGGUCCACUCCUGCGAUGGCAUCGACGGACCGUGCCGCAUUGGUUGCUCUAUACAAGGCGACCGACGGAGAUAAUUGGAAGUACAACACAAACUGGAAUACUCAUGCACCGCUAGGGCAAUGGUACGGAGUCGGAGUCAACGGCCAGGGCCGCGUGGUGGAGUUGAAGCUGGGCGGCAACAACCUUAAAGGCCACAAC